ACAGAGGUGAGCGCUGUGCUGCCGGGAGGCGGGGGGUCCCGGCCCCCGGGGGAGCGCCGGCCGCUGCGGCUGCCGCCCUGAGCACCGGCCGAGGCUCGGAGCGCUCCUGGUGCUGCGGGAAUCGGGAAGAAGCCUUGGUUUUGCCUGUUCGUCGGAUAGGACGAGCCCUAGCCGCGGUGCGCCAGGAGACCUGCUGCCUUUGUACAAUAUUGCUGAUGGGACAAAGAAAUGGAUGUGAAGAAAGAAGCAAGAAACUAGAGCUGGCAGAAAGUGAGGCCGUGAAGGCAAAAAUGGAUGUACAAGAUAACAAAGAGGAAGCCGAAGAGCAGAAGGCCAAAAAUCAGAGGCUAAAAUCAAUCCUUGGUGUGGCAGACUUAAAAAAUGGAGCUAUUGGACUGUACAACAUUGCACAGAGCUGCUGUCUGAACUCUGUGCUUCAAGUGUUCCUCAUGAAUAUACACUUCACGAGAAUACUUCGAAGGAUCACAGUGCCACUAUGUGCUGCGCAGAAGAGGAAUGUCCCAUACCAAAUGCUCCUGCUGUUGGAGAAGAUGCAGUGUGGAAAGCAGAAAGCUGUUUCUCCCAUAGACAUUGUUCACUGUCUUUCAGCAUACAAAGUAAAAUUGUUUGUGCAGCAUGAUGCUGCCCAUCUCUUUCUGACUCUCUGGAACUUGCUGAAGAGGCAGAUGGAAGAGCCAGAGCUGGUUGAAGAGCUGAGCAAUUUGUACAUUAUCUGUGUACAGGAGCAUUUAGCCUGUCAGAAAUGCUCUCUUGAAACAAAGAGGAAUAGCACCAUGUUAACCCUUCCUGUCCCAGUGCUGGAUUCCAAUUCUCAGAUGCUGAGAACUCUGGAGGACUGCUUGGAAUACUUUUUUCAUCCAGAAGAGCUGACUGAUCGCAACAUGUGUUUCUGUGAACAGUGUGGAAGGAAAACACCUUUUUUGCAGAGCAUGAAGCUAGUCCAUCUGCCACAGACUCUGACCAUACACCUGAAGCGCUUCUGCUUUGGAUCAUCAGCUAAGGUUCACAAGCUUAGCCACCGAGUGCCAUUCCCACAAGACCUUGAUUUCAAUGCAGUCUUGACAGAAAAUCAGUGUGAAGCGGAUGACAAUGAAAAGGCUGGCUGGCGGUAUGAGCUUUUUGCUGUUGUUGCUCAUUCAGGAUCAACUGAUUCUGGACACUACUGUGCCUAUAUUCGAAGUCUCACAGAAUUUAAAUGGUACUGCUUCAACGAUUCUCACGUUUGCCAGGUAUCGUGGGAUGAUGUUAAAAGCACCUAUGGGCAUUCCAACCUCCACUGGGGAGAAACAGCCUAUCUCUUGAUUUACAUGAAAAAACAUCCUGAGUAGCCUUAUCCAGGAGUAUCUGAAUGUCUGAGUGUCACCGUUUGACUCAGGUCCAACAACAACGCUCUCGAUCCCCUCCCCCUCCCACCCAGGUAGGGAAGGAGAGAGAGAAAAAGAGAGAGACUUGGCUGGAUUGAAAACUGAACUACACAGCUUUAAUUAAACACUAAUGAUAUAAGAAAAUAUAUACAAUUAUAUACAGAUAUGUUCAGGUAUGUGCAAGAGCCUCUUGCCUCCCCCGGAGCCCCAGCAACUCUCACCACACUCCCCUGAGCUGGAAACAGUCCUGAGAAAUGCUGGAGCUGCUGCUGGAGAAAGCAGAGAGUUAUGAGGGUCAGGAGAGCUCGAGCCUAAGGGUCAACGGUGAUGGAUGGACAGAGUCCUCCCUGGAUGCCGGCCAUGGACAGAAGAGAUGGGAAGAAGAAAAAAGGAAGGAAGUUGUCCUCUGUGAUCUCUGACCUUCCUCUGAGCUUACGUAGAUAUAUGGAAUGGAAUAUCUUUGGCCAGUUUUGCUGUCUGUCUAACUCAGCCUCCUACGGGGGGGGUCACAGAUCUCCCUGUAGUGUCUGAGCCGGCAGAGUGAAGGUGUGACCUUGAAGCCCCAGCGGUUAGAAAAACAUUCCAAUGUCUUAUCAGCCUAGCUAGAACAGAAUGUUGCUAGUUAAAAGAAAGCUCACAGAAAAAAAAAAAAAUCAGUAAAAAGGAAAUUUGGCUUCAUCCUGGCUCAAACCAGGACACUGAGGAAGCCAUGCAUUGUCCAUGGAGUUCAGCACCUCUGUGCCAGUGUGUACAAAUGUUCCACAAAGAAGGACAUUGGGCACUAAGUCAGCAACUUCUACCUUUUACAUUUAUUUAUGAAAAAAAAUGAAGUAGAGACUCAGCUAGAGAAGGGAACUUAGAACUGUUCCCUUAGAAAGUUUUUCUUCCAUUUAUUUUUGGUAUUUAUGUGAUUCUGGAUAUUAAUUUCCCCUAAAAGAUUGUAAAAUUA